UAAAAAAAAUAAUGAUAUGGACUUGAGAUACCUCAAGAAAAAUGAAGAAUUAAUUUCCUGCAUUUGAAUCUUCAAAACUAUUUACCGUAACACUAACACUUAUGAAUAAAUCUCACAAAAUGACGUUGAUUUGAAGUUGAAACAAACGAAACGAAACCAAAAAAUGGUAUAAACCGAAUGGAUUCGGAUCCCUUGGAAUCCCAAAAAAUAACCCGAACCCGAACCAUUCUGCUUGGCGCCUCUAACUUUCAUGUAAUUGGCGUAGAGGACGGCAGUCCACCAAAACUGCAAAAGUGUUAUUUGAAUGGAAGAAGAGAAAAAGAGAUGGAGUGUUGUGUACACGAAGCACAUCAAACAAAAGCGGAAAGUUUAUCAAGACGGUUUCUUAGAUCUACACAUUUCAACCAACAAGCGCAGUUGAUGCUGUACGAUGAGUCCCAGAGGCUUCUUGAAUGCAGGAUGUUGAGAAGAGAUGAAGUUGUUUGCUCUGCCCAAACCCUCACUUUCGCUGCCUAUUUUGUUGACGUCGGCCUUCUCCACUCUCCUUCUCCUCUUAAAUCUGAUGCCAGAAGAAAUAGCAAUGAAGCGAGGCCUAUCAAUCUUAGGCUGAGCCCAUCACAAAAGAUAAUCAGAGAGUUCAAGAAGAUUGAAAUGCAAAAAUAUGGAGCUUCGCAAACUGCUCCAACUAUAAUGCAAACCAGUGUCACAGAAUGGCAGGUCAUGUACACUACACAAGUUACUCAAAAAGCCAAGAAAUACCAUGACGGUUUCUUACAACUCAAAAUUUCUGGAACACUGCAGAGGCAGAUUAUGUUAUAUGAUGGAAGCAAGAAGUUGAUAGAUAGUAGAUUCCUCAAGAAAGACGAAGUAAUACAAUCCGGUGAAUCAAUAGCAUUUGAUGCUCAUUUGGUAAAUAUUGGAGAAGCUGAAGGAAACUGUCAGGGCGUGAUGGACUCAGAUGUCCGUCUAAGCAAUUGCAAUGUUGCUGGAAAAACAAGGAUGAUCCACAGAGUGCAGAAUUGUCUUAAAACCAAUAAAUCAUUUUUGCAAGGAAAACCUCAAAAAAUUGCUUCUUCAAAGAUAGAUGCAGAACCAAGUUUUAGCAUCUCAAGUGUUGGUGAGAGUAAAUUAAACCAGAAUAUAUCUGCAAACAAGCCUCUACGUGAUGCUGCUCAAAUCCUGUCCAUCCUCCAGAAACCUAUGAUGCAAUACAGCGCUGCCAUGCAGUGUAUUGAUAAUAACAUCACGAAUCCAGUCCCCUCUGUGGAGGACCCUCAAAAUUCAGAUUCUACUAGAAAUAUUCUUGAAUGUAACCCACUACCAAUGAUAUUAAUAGCACGUCAUGGAUCAAGUGGAAAACUGGAUAAUUUGGAAUCAAGUGAAUGCAUAGACAUAAAAAAAUCCCCUGAUCUCUAUACUAAAGGAUUGGACUCUCUGGCAAAAUCAAGUUCUAGUGGCAAUAAAUCCUCCAAGAACACUGAAGUUGGAAACUCACAUCAGCCUUAUUCAGAGAAUUUGAAAGCAUACAGUAAAUGGUGUAAUGAAGCAUCGGUGCUUGGUAGCUCAAGUGGAAUUGCCCAUACUUAUAAUGAGAUAAUUGAUUCAACGAAGGAUUCUACAGAAGUCAAGAUUUCGAGGGAGGCAGGUAGUUGCCCAAGUUUUGCGCUUGGAUUUGACUGAGUGUUGUUGAUAAUAAACAGGCCAGACAGAGUGCAGCACCAAGAGAAAAGCAAAUGCAAAAGAAGCAUUAAUUUUGAAAUGAGUGCCAUUGGAGAGUUUUCAUUCAUCUAGGUAGCAGGAAGAGUAUGCCACAAAGUGUACAGUUAUAUAGUUGAUCACAACAGACGAAUGAGUGGCAAACCAAAUCCAACGAGUCGAUGAUCAUUUCUAAAGAUAUUGCAUCAAAAAUAUUUUCUCAAAUCUCCUAUUCUUACAUUUUCUUAUAAAUUUCUUUUUGAUAAACAAUUGAGUUUUAGCUUUAUUAACUGCUAAAAUGGAAUUGAAAUUUUCUUCUACAGAUUGAGCUUUCUUUGCCGUUUUCGGCAGU